AGUCAGCUGUCAGUGCGGGGCGUCAAAGGAACUCGAAUUUCUGUCACGUUCGGUUCUGAUUCGCCGGAGCGGAAAUUUCCUAGAAAAUGCUGGUCCUCGUCUUAGGAGAUCUUCACAUUCCCCACCGAACCCACAGUCUGCCUUCUCAGUUCAGAAAAAUGCUUCUGCCGGGAAGGAUUCAGCACAUUCUAUGCACAGGGAAUCUUUGCACGAAGGAAUCGUACGAUUACCUGAAGACGUUGGCGUCCGAUGUACACGUGGUUCGAGGUGAUUUCGAUGAGAACUCCAAUUAUCCCGAACAGAAAGUAGUCACCGUAGGUCAAUUCCGGAUCGGUCUCUGCCACGGGCAUCAGAUCGUUCCUUGGGGGGAUAUCGAAGCUCUGGCUGUGGCGCAGCAUCAACUAGACGUUGACAUUCUCAUCUCUGGACAGACUCACAAAUUUUCCACGCACGAGCAUGGAGGACGAUUUUUCAUAAAUCCGGGAUCAGCGACCGGAGCAUAUUCGGCCUUGGAGAGCGAUGCCGUACCAUCAUUCGCCCUCAUGGACAUUCAGAGCAGUACGGUGGUCGUUUACGUGUAUCGUCUGAUAAACGGUGAAGUCAAAGUCGAACGGACCGAAUACAAGAAACCGUGACUUUAUUAAAAUUAGCUUACGUCGGGAUCGAUUGCGCUAGCAGGCGUCGCUUUUGACGUUCGAUAGCUCGUUAUUGAUUCGAGCCUUGUUUAAUUUCUACUAGGUUCUUUGUUUAUUUGGAUGUGACAAUGAGAUCAGGAUGUGACGACCAGACUUUCAUGCUGCUUCAGAGCUGAUGCUACAUCGAUAUAUGUAAAAAUAAAAGGACGUCUCUAUCCCUGAAC